AACACAAUUCAGUCAACAGAAACAAAAUGAAGUAUUUUCGAUUAACCUUGUACUCCACACUUAUUGUGGUAGCAUUAGGUGGAUGGUGUGACAAUAAGCAAACUGCUGGACAAGACCUUGUGUCUGCUUAUAAUAGGUUUCCAUCAAGCAGAAUAGUAAAUCAUCCAGAGAUAAGAAACAAUCUGCCUACGGAUGAGAUAAUAAGAUCUGAAGGAUACCCCGCAGAAACUCACUAUGCAACUACUCCUGACGGCUAUAUUUUAGCACUCCACAGAAUACCCUAUGGCAAAACAAACUCAGAUCCAGCAAAUAGGGAAGUUGUUUUUGUCCAACAUGGUCUUCUUUGUUCCUCUGCUGAUUGGAUAAUGUCUACUCCUUCUAAAGGAUUAGGGUAUAUGCUUGCGGAGGCUGGUUAUGAUGUUUGGCUUGGUAAUUACAGAGGAAACACUUACAGUAGAAACCAUACUUUUUUCAACCCAAAUGAGGGUUCAGGUGGAUUUUGGGACUUUACUUGGGACGAGAUGGCAAAAUUUGAUAUUCCUACCCAAAUAGAAAAGGUCCUUGAAAUUACUGGAAAAGAUGAACUUCAAUACAUCGGUCAUUCAAUGGGAACAACUGCUUUCAUGGCUAUGCAUCACUAUAAACAAGAUGUUGCAUCUAAAAUUCGCUUGGCUCAUCUGUUAUCUCCUGUAGCCUAUGUAGGUAAUAUGGAGAGUCCUAUUGGAUGGAUUGCUGGAUUAGGACCUCUUCUAGAUGCAAUUCUAGGCUUCCUGGGCAUUGGUGAAUUUCUGCCUGGAAAUGUAUUGAUGGAUUGUUUGGCAACUUUAUUCUGUCAUGAGGGCUUAACUCAAGGAAUUUGCACAAACAUUCUAUUUAUUUUGUGUGGAUUUGAUGAACCUCAGAUGAACACUACACUUUUGGAAACUAUUAUGAAACAUACUCCUGCUGGAGCUUCUACCCCAACUGUUCUACAUUAUGCUCAAGAAGUUACUUCUGAUGAAUUUCAUGGAUACGAUUGGGGGUCAGACAGAGAGAAUUUUAAUCAUCACGGGGCUAAUGGAAUACCCAAUUACAGUCUUACAGAUGUUACAACUCCUGUUGCAGUUUACUUUGGUCAAAAUGAUUGGUUAGCUUCUUCUACUGAUGUUUUGAGAACCAUCUCUGAGCUUCCGAACAUAGUCGGUGGAAUGCAGCACAUGGUCAAAUUUCCCACAUGGAACCAUCUUGACUUCCUGUGGGGCAUAGAUGCUGACACGGAAGUUUAUGCUGACGUGUUAGCAAACAUGAAAACCUGCUGGGAAACUGAUUGUCGAGUCUAACAUCACAAUAUCUUUUAACAUAUAUUUUAAAAAAUUGGUUGGUAACUGUAUAAACUAGAAUUAUAAUAUAUCAAAUAAAUUAUUAAAUACUUUAA